AUGGCCUCCCAAAGCGGGAAACAAAGCAACCAAAACAAUAUGGCAGACACCAUGUGGGUUCUGGGUUUAACCCAGACCUCGCAAGUAACCACACUCGAUAGAAUCGUCGAAGAUUUCUGGGCAAAACUAAACCGUGCAUUGCAAGCACUCUCUUCGCCAACACCGGGCUGCAACUCACCACACAAGCGGCCCCCGAGCACUCAGCCUCCUCCAAUGGCUAAGGCUCCAAGACGGCGACACCAUAAUAAGCACCCCUACUUAAGCGGAGGGGGGGACAGACAUGCUCACCAGUUCAUCGACCACCUGCAUGACGAACAACUACCUGACAUACUAGGAAUGGCAGAUGGAUUACUGUAG